AUGUCCGGCACCGGCCCCCGCGAGGCAAUCUUCCCGACUCGUAUGAACCUCACCCUCACCAAGGGCAGGCUGAAGGGCGCCCAGACCGGCCACUCCCUCCUCGCCAAGAAGCGCGACGCGCUCACCACCCGCUUCCGCACCAUCCUGCGUAAAGUCGACGAGGCCAAGCGCGCGAUGGGCCGUGUCCUCCAGCUGGCCUCCUUCUCCCUCGCCGAGGUGACCUACACCGCCGGCGAUAUCGGAUACCAGGUCCAGGAGAGUGUGCGCAAGGCUUCGUACACCGUUGCAGCCAAGCAGGAGAACGUGUCGGGUGUCGUCUUGCCUGCGUUCGAGGGUGUGAGGUCUGGCGCCGCUAGUGACUUCAAUCUCACGGGUCUCUCGCGUGGUGGACAGCAGAUCCAACGCAGUCGAGACACGUAUGUCAAGGCUGUCGGCACGCUUGUCGAGCUCGCGUCUCUCCAGACCGCCUUCACUAUUCUUGACGAGGUCAUCCGCGCGACCAACCGCCGUGUAAACGCCAUCGAGCACGUCGUCAUUCCCCGUCUCGAGAACACUAUCAAGUACAUCAACUCGGAGCUUGACGAGAUGGACCGUGAAGAGUUCUUCCGCCUCAAGAAGGUGCAGGGCAAGAAGAAGCGCGAUGCUGCUGCGGCCGACACCGACCGUUCUGUCGCCAACGCCGAGGCGGAGGCCCAGGGGGAGGAGGUGCACAAGGAUGACGGCGUUGGAGGCGGUGCUGCGGGAGGCGGCGACAUGCUCGACCAGCACAAGGACGACGACGUCAUCUUCUAA